AUGAAGCUGGUCACUGUGUUCUUGCUGGUGACCAUCAGCAUUUGCAGUUACUCAGCUACCGCCUUCCUGAUCAACAGUUUGCCACUUCCUGUCAACAAGGCUUUACCUUCACCUCUGGACAAUGUUCUCCCCGUCAUGGACCUACUUAAGCUUCUUCUGAAAACUCUGGGCAUUUCUGUUGAGCACCUUGUGGAAGGGCUAAGGAAGUGUGUGAGUGAGCUGGGACCAGAGGCCAUGAAGAAACUGCUGGAGGCACUCUCAUAUUUGGUGUCACAGCAGAAAAAAGCAAGAGUGGAGGAGGGAGGGAGAUGA